CUGAGGAGCGCGCCAACGAAAAUCAGUUGGACAGAGUUGGCCUUCGGGAUAACUCAGCUCCUUCCUUUGCUACUCGUGCGACUGCCUUUUUUGGACGGUUUAUUGUUUACUGACCAUUUCUCCUCAACUUUCAUCCUCUUUCAAAGGUGACAGGAUUGGUGCUGUUCUCUUUCCGGAGAAAGUCCUGACAUCCUUGGUCAUCUAAAGCGUUGCACUCUCUUCCGGAGAGAGGAAAUGGCCACAGCAGGGAAUGACUCCUUCAUUGCCGAGGGAAUGACUCCGCCACAAAGGAUCCUCUUUCCCCCGGAGAAGAUUUGCAUGGUCUGGCAGCAAAGACAGAGUGCUGGAGCAGGACUCUGCAAUGCGGGCAACACGUGCUUCCUCAAUGCUGUCCUGCAAUGCCUGACAUACACCCCGCCGCUGGCCAACUCUCUGCUCUCCCGGGAGCACAGCCGGGCCUGUCGCCAACAAGGCUUCUGCAUGAUGUGCAUCAUGGAAGCCCACGUUAACAAGGUCCUGCAUUCCUCAGCCAGUGCCAUCCUGCCUUUGCCUGUUCUCAGGGGUCUCAGAUUAACUUCCUGUUUCUUAGUCAUAGGAGAACAUUUUCAGCUUGGCAGGGAGGAAGAUGCCCAUGACUUCUUAUGCUGUACUCUCGAUGCCAUGCAGAGAGCUUGUCUGAGUGCAAGCAACGACUUGGACAUAUCUUCUCAAUCUACUACCAUUGUCCAUCAAAUAUUUGGAGGCUUUCUGAGAUCCAGAGUCACCUGCUUCAGCUGCAAAGCCGUUUCUGAUUCCUAUGAGGCCUUCCUGGAUGUCCCUUUGGAUAUCAAAGCAGCCUCAUCCCUCACUGCAGCUCUGGAGGACUUUGUAACACCUGAGCACCUGGAUGGUGAAAACUGCUUUAAAUGCAGCAAGUGUGAGAAGAAUGUUGCCGCCGCCAAGAGGUUCACUGUCCACUGUGCACCCAAGGUUCUCACAGUGUGUCUGAAAAGGUUUGACUGCUUCACCGGUGGGAAGAUCAGCAAGGUUGUAGAGUAUCCGGAGGACUUGGAUCUUCGCCCAUACAUGUCUCAGGCGGAUGGAGAACCACUCCUCUACUCCUUAUAUGCUGUCCUGGUGCACAGUGGUGUCAGCUGUCAUGGAGGACACUAUUUCUGCUACACAAAGGCCAGCAAUGGAUUGUGGUACCGGAUGGACGAUGAGUCUGUGAAGCUGCGUUCCAUUGACACAGUUCUCAGGCAGCAAGCCUACCUGCUGUUCUAUGCCAGGUGCUCUGAGCUGAGAACUGCACAAAGGCCGCCUUCCUCCCUGGCACCAUCACAUGCCCCUUCCUCCCUCAGUCAGCGUGCGGCCAGC